GUUUGGAGGGACUCUGGCGUAAGAAGGUCUUAGGAAUCCCAAUGGCUCUGGCCAUGUAGCUACUGAUCCCCUUUGGCCUGCUGUUCUGAUUGGGGCCUGUCAGAACCAGGACCUUAAGGCACCUCGGCUACAGCCCUGUGCUUCAGGAGGAGUGAGCUUGGACUGUGGGACAACAGGACUUCCUGGCACUACUUCUCUCUCAGGCCAACCCUUGGUCAGUGACAAGGGCCCACCUCUCAGAUGGGAGAAGGGCCCAUAUCCCCUGCAUUCUGGGCCAUAGGGCUCCAGGAUGCCAUGACCAGAGCCAUUCCCAGAUAAAUGAGGUUUCCUGGAAGGAUGUUACCAAUGCCUUAUCUCUGGCCAACAUGGUCCUGGGGCUCUUCUCCAUCAUCUUCAGCUUCAGCAGGAAACGCCACUAUGCCUCCUGGAUGCUCCUGGUCAGCUUCCUGUUGGACAUGGCAGUCAGGGCAAUGACCAGCCACAUCAACAUCUGCUCCAAAUGGGGAGCUGAGCUGAAUGACUUUGCCGUCUUCACCACCUUCGGCCUGGCCUCUGCUCUGCUCCUAGGCGUGGAUGGACUUCUGAGUGGGAUCCUGGCCAUCAUCUAUGUGUCAGCUGCUUCUUUCCAUUUGUGCUUUUAUUCACCUGGAGUCCCCUCCACAUACAAGGGUCUACCCUGCCCCUAUGCUUCCUGCAUCUUGGCUUCCACCUCUCUUCUGACCAAAGGCAACAGGUUCAUCCUCUGCUGCAUGGCCUCACUCAUGAUUCUCUUCAUGAUGGACCAGAGCUACUAUCCAUAUGACAAAAUCCUGGAGUCUGAGAACUGGAAAAAAUUGGUUUAUAUAGGAGGUGUCAUCAUGCUGUUUUUCUCCCCACUGUCUCUGUCUGCUUUUUACUGCCUGAUGUGGUCGCUCUCAUACAUCUUCUUUCCAGAUGCUCUGUGGGGCAAGGCAGCCUGUGUUUCGCCACAGCGCUGA